AUGGGCGACUUCUGGUGGGAGGGGUACUACCUCAUCCAGCGUCUCAGCAUGCGAUUGCUGGCCCAAAUUCGCCGCUCGCCACGAGUUCCAAAGCGUAAUGUGUGUGUUUACACGUUUGGAGGCCCGGAUGCUCGCCCUCCAAGGUUCACCGCUUGGAUCCUGCUUGCACAAGCGAUCUACUUUGCCUUGGCGGUGUUUACGACCUGGAAAGCCCAACGGACCACGCAGCCUGUCCGCAGCAACGACGCUGAGCUUGUGGGAAGCACUGCCAAAAGGAUCCAACGAAGUGAGAAGGUGGCUCUCCCCUGGUUUGCCAGGCUCUGCGUUGCUCUCAUGCACCUCUGUGUGCCGGGCUCACUGCUGGUGGCCCUGGGAUACUGGGCCACCUUCCCGGCCCAUGAGAGCCAUGCCGCGAUUGUCUACACCACGGCCUUCGCGCAUGGGAUCAGCGCGGUGCUGGCACUGGCAGACUUACUGCUCGGCGGCUGUGCCUUUGCUUUAAGGUAUUUCUUCUUCUUGGUGGUGUACAUGAUCCUCUUCACUUCCUGGAGCAUCCUGCAUCAUGUAGCGAAGAUCGGACGAUUACAAGGCUGCCGAAACUACGAGAGGCAUGCUUGCCCCAUCUACCCGAUGCUGGACUGGCAUGAGCCUGUGACAACAGCGGUUUCCUGCCUCGUUGCAGUCGUUGCCCUGCCGCUGCUGAUGUCACUUCUGGUUUGGGCCGUUGCCCUCCCCUUCCGCACCGCGCCCUCCGGAUGA